AUUUGAAUGAACUUUACAAUAAUAUUGUCUUAAGACUUCUGAAAAUAACAUAUAAGAAAUCUGAGAAAAUUAAUUUUUUUUUAUUCAAAUUGUAAGUGGUCAUAGAACGACCAUUCCUGAUAUUCUCUCCAAGGAGAAAAGGGAGGAGAGCUCAAUCUUUUGGCUCCUUCUAAAUUGAGUUUUAAGUUUCUAGGUUCGGGUAAUUAUUGUAAAGUGUUUUUUUUUUUCUUUGUUAGGCCAUGGCAGAAGAAGAUAUCUAUACCAAGGAUGGGACUGUGGAUUAUCGGAAUAAGCCUGCAGAUAAGAAGAAAACAGGAACUUGGAAGGCCUGCCCUUAUAUACUUGGGAAUGAAUGCUGUGAAAGAUUGGCUUAUUAUGGGAUGAGCACCAAUCUUGUAGUUUAUUUUAAGACUCGACUCAACCAGCAAAGUACAACGGCUUCUAAAAAUCAAUCAAAUUGGUCUGGGACAUGCUAUGUCAUGCCUUUGCUUGGAGCAUUUCUCGCCGACUCUUAUCUUGGCAGAUACUGGACCAUUGCCAUAUUCUCAAUCAUCUAUGUUUGUGGGAUGGCAUUACUGACAGUAUCAGCAUCAGUACAAGGGCUUAGGCCAACUUGUUAUGAAAAAGAUAAAUGUCACGCGACCGAUAGUCAAACAGCUGUAUUCUUCUUCGCGCUCUACUUAGUAGCACUGGGAACCGGAGGGAUCAAGCCGUGUGUCUCAUCCUAUGGUGCGGACCAGUUUGAUGAUGCUGAUCCUAUCGAGAGGAACUACAAGAAUUCCUUCUUUAAUUGGUUCUACUUCUCCAUCAACGUUGGGGCCCUUGUUGCUUCUUCAUUGAUAGUCUGGAUACAACAGGACGUUGGCUGGGGAUGGGGAUUUGGUGUUCCUGCUGUAGCUAUGGCAAUUGCCGUUGUAUCGUUCUUUUCAGGUUCCCGGCUUUAUAGAUACCAAAAGCCUGGAGGCAGCCCUUUGACGCGUAUAUGCCAGGUUGUUGUGGCUUCCUUUAGAAAAUGCUCUGUUACAUUGCCUGCUGAGAAAUCUCUGUUAUAUGAGACCGCAGAAGCUGAAUCUGCCAUCAAAGGGAGUCGCAAACUUGCUCAUACGAAUGAGUUGAGAUUCUUCGACAAAGCUGCUGUGAAGACAGAAGAUGAGAACGGAGGUUCAAUAAACAAUUGGAGGCUUUGCACGGUGACACAAGUUGAGGAACUGAAGUCUAUUAUCAAGUUGUUACCUAUUUGGGCUACUGGGAUUAUCUUCAGCACAGUGUAUAACCAAAUGAGCAAUAUGUUUGUCUUGCAAGCCAUGAAUAUGGAUACGCAUUUAGGCAAAUUCAAAAUUCCCGAGGCUUCGCUCUCCGUUUUUGACACCAUCGCGGUAAUUCUGUGGGUUCCUGUCUAUGACAAAAUGCUUAUCCCAUUCGUCAGAAAGUUCACAGGUCACAAGAAUGGAUUGACUCAACUCCAACGGAUGGGCACGGGGCUCGUUAUAUCAGUCUUUGCAAUGGUAUCUGCUGCAAUAGUCGAGGUAGUUAGGCUCGGCAUAGUAAAAAGGCACAAUUUCUAUAGCGCCACGAGUGUCCCAAUGUCUGUAUUUUGGCAAAUUCCACAGUACAUGAUAAUUGGUUGUGCUGAAGUUUUCACAUUUAUUGGUCAAUUGGAGUUUUUCUAUGAUCAAGCGCCUGAUUCAAUGAGGAGUUUGUGUUCUGCCCUCUCUCUAACGACGACUGCACUUGGAAGUUAUGUGAGCACGUUGUUAGUAACGAUUGUCACGGAUAUUACCACAAGGAAUGGAAAGCCAGGGUGGAUAGCAAACAAUCAAAAUUACGGAAAGCUUCAUUACUACUUCUUGUUAUUGGCUGUUUUAAGCGUGUUAAACUUCUUCAUUUUUCUUCUCGUUGCAAAGAGGUAUAAGUAUAAGAAGGCAAUCAACAAGGACGACUCUGGUCUAAUGGUGGCUGGUGAUGAUGAUGACAAGAAGCUGGUUUUGUGAUCUCUAAUUUAAAUUUGGUCUGCCUUGUGGUAAUUUGAACAGUUUAGACAUAAAAAGUGUACCUGUUAGACACUUUUCGCUCACAUGACAUGGAGUGUGUGAUACAUCUAAAACUGUCGCAUAUUGCUAGUUAUGACCUGUUUCAUUUAUAAACCGAACGUGUUUCUUA